GUCAACACGUCGUCGUCGUUGUCGUCGUCAUCGCCACCGUCCAGCGAGAGUAGCUUACGAGCCGCUUCAAACCAGCCGGUUCCAAUCAGUCCUAAUCUAGCAUUUACGGAGAGCGGUCGAUUGUGUUCCAGCACACAGCCUUAACGCAGCAGCCGUUGUCGUCCAAAUCCACCCUAAAUACGAGCACCGAAGUUGGCGCGCGAUCAGUUCAAUUCUGGUUUGGAAAUACCUACGAUCGAUCAGGCGAUCCAUAGGGAAUUAAUUUGACGAAUCGCAGUGAAGUACACGCCCUGUCCCCAACCAGUAGCAGUAGUUGGCGAAUUUCACGCAUCAGCGGGACAAGUUUUCAGCGAUUCGAAAGGCGAGCCCGAUCGUAACGUGUUCCAUUUGAUCUGCAUUUGAGCGCGCGCGCACUCCGUAUACGUUGCAAAAGUAGUCUACGCGCGAUCGCGUGGGAAUUUUGAACACCGGCGGUCGGUGGCUAUACAUAGUUUGUGGGUAGUUUGCGUAGGACCAUCGGUGAUCCAAUUAUCCGAUAGAGUUUGCAAAUUUCAAAUUCAACAAGGACAAAGUCAGAGAAAAAAAAAGUUGUGACGAUGAGUGACAAGGUUUAUGUCAAUGGCAUAACGAUCAACGGCAGCGAGUGCAACGGAAAUGGUAGCAGUGCGCUGACCAACGGAACGACCCCAGUGAACGACGACGAGAAAAUUGCAGGCGUAUUCUACAAUGCACGGGAAGAAGCAUGGUACACCUACGACACGCUGCAGGAAAUUGCCAACCACCUGCUGUCGCGAACGCAGCUCCGGCCAAAGAUCGGUAUCAUUCUGGGCACGGGUCUCGGAUCGUUGGCCAACCAGCUGACCGAUGCGGACUACAUCGACUACCAGACCAUCCCGCACUUCCCGGUUUCGACCGUGGACGGGCACGUCGGACGGCUGAUCUUCGGCUACCUGAAGGGCGUUCCGGUGAUGUGCAUGCAGGGCCGAUUCCACUACUACGAGGGAUACCCGCUGGCUAAGUGUUCGAUGCCGGUCCGGGUGAUGAAACUGGUCGGCUGUAGCCACCUGAUCGCCACCAACGCCGCCGGAGGACUCAACCCCAAGUACAAGGUCGGAGACAUCAUGCUCAUGAAGGAUCACAUCAACAUCAUGGGUUUCGCCGGAAACAAUCCCCUGCAGGGCGCCAACGACUCCCGGUUCGGUCCGCGGUUCCCCAACAUGGUCAACGCCUACGACUGGAAGCUGCUGAAAAAAGCCAAGGAAAUCGGCAAGGACAUAGGCAUCGACAACGACCUGCACGAGGGCGUGUACAUCUGCCUUGGUGGACCCAACUUCGAAACCGUUGCCGAGCUGAAAAUGCUCCGGAUCUGGGGUGUGGAUGCCGUGGGAAUGUCCACGGUGCACGAAAUCACCACUGCCGUCCACUGCGGAAUGACCUGCUUCGCGUUCAGCUUGAUCACGAACCUGUGCGUGCCGGAGUACGACACCGAGGAAACGCCCUGCCACGACGAUAUCGUAGGAAUCGGCAAAAGCCGGGAAACGACGCUGACCGAGAUGGUGGCGCGGAUGGUCAAACACAUUCACAUGGAGCUGAAAAAGUGAUGCGCGCGCGACACAUUCCGUUCUCAAACUCACAUGCACAAGUGACACAGUCGACAGUCUCUUCUGUUCAUAUUAGGACAAUUAUGCUUAAUUCUUUAAGACAUUUUCACAUCGCCCUAUCAUUAGUUUUUUUUAAUAUUCUCCACAUCUGAGAUUAACUAGUACGUAAGGCAUUUGAUAUUGGUUCAUCUAGGAAGAUUUUAGUGAUGUUAAUAUAAGAUUGAAAAUCUUUACAAUAAACUUUCCUCUUUUAACUU